GGCUACGUCUUGAGUGGUGGUGCUGUUUUGCUAACAGUAUUGGACCAGAGCCUUCAACCCCUUCACUGAAUCUUAGACGAGGGGCUUGCAGACUUAAAAAAAACGACCAUAAAGUUAUUCGACUGCCUGUCUGAGUGAGUGGGAAGAGGGAACGAGAGAGAGAGAAACAGCAGGAACAGCCGAGAGAGAGAAAGAGAGAGAGAGGCGCACAUUCAAGGCACAGACAGACCAGACACGACAUUUUCAGCAAGUGGGAGAAAACAGAGCAGGCUGCAAAGAAAACACUCGGAUCCGUGGAUUACUGUAAAAUAAUAGUGCAAAAAAACAGAUUCGCUAGAGACAAGAAUCGUCCGCGGAACAAUCGUGGUGGACGAGCGCUUACGGAUUUUUGAAAACAAAAACCCAAACGCAACCAAACAGACCACAGAAGCCGGGAUUCAAAAAUGAGAAGGUCUCCUAAUCGGAUUUAGUAGAAGGUUGACCAUGAGCAUCGCAUGCAGUGACUCCAAGCCCACUUGCCACCUGUAGAGGGACUCGUGCCGUCCCCGACAUGUCCGGACACUCCCAGCCUGUGCCCCAGAGCAGGCGGCCGGUGGAGAGCCGUCAUCUGGCCAAUCCCCCUGUGCUCCCACUUCAGCUGGCCAGAGCCCACCCGGACGUCGGGAUCCCCGAGUACCAUGCUCAUUCUCGGGACUACAACUCCCACAUCGCCCAUGGAGGACUGCCUCCGCCUCAUCGCCGCAGGCCUUCCCUGCUGUCCGAGUUCCAGCCCGGAAGUGAAAGAGGUCAAGACUCCCAUAUACGCUAUGAACACGUUUACAUGCAGGAGCCCAGCAGCCAGUCCGAAGUGGAGUAUGCAGAGGCCAAGCGGCCCAGACUGGACCUGGGGGCGGAGUCACUGAUACGACACCCCACUCACCUGACCCCAGCUCAGAUGGGCGGAGCCGAGGACAUGUCAAAGGAGAGGAACAGUACAAUUGGGAAACUGGAGCCCAUCUCCCCUGUGAGUCCAGCCCAGAUGGACGGUGAACUUGAUCUGGUACCAGCCAGAUUCUCCAAGGAGGAGCUGAUCCAAAACAUGGACCGAGUGGAUCGAGAGAUCACUAUGGUGGAGCAGCAGAUCUGCAAACUUAGAAAAAAACAGCAACAGCUGGAGGAGGAAGCUGCCAAACCGCAGGAGCCGGAAAGGCCUCUGUCCCCUCCGCCCAGCGAGGCCAAGCACCGGAGCUUGGUCCAGAUCAUCUACGACGAGAACCGGAAAAAGGCAGAAGAAGCCCAUCGCAUCCUGGAAGGCUUGGGUCCCCGCGUGGAGCUGCCACUCUACAACCAGCCUUCAGACACCAAGCAGUACCAUGAAAACAUAAAAAUAAACCAGGCAAUGCGGAAGAAGCUAAUUCUGUACUUCAAAAGAAGAAACCAUGCUCGUAAGCAGUGGGAGCAGAAGUUCUGCCAGCGCUACGACCAGCUGAUGGAAGCCUGGGAGAAGAAAGUGGAGCGCAUCGAGAGCAACCCCCGCCGCCGCGCCAAGGAGAGCAAGGUGCGCGAGUACUACGAGAAGCAGUUCCCCGAGAUCCGCAAGCAGAGGGAGCUCCAGGAGCGCAUGCAGAGGGUCGGACAGAGGAGUGGGGCCCUGUCGUCAUCAGCAGCAAGGAGCGAGCACGAGGUGUCAGAAAUCAUCGAUGGCAUCUCAGAGCAAGAGAACUCCGAGAAGCAGAUGCGCCAGCUCGCCGUCAUCCCCCCGAUGCUGUUUGACGCCGAGCAGCAGAGGAUCAAGUUCAUCAACAUGAACGGGCUGAUGGACGACCCCAUGAAGGUCUACAAGGACCGGCAGGUCAUGAACAUGUGGAGCGAGCAGGAGAAGGACACGUUCCGCGAGAAGUUCAUUCAGCACCCGAAGAACUUUGGUCUAAUUGCUUCUUUUCUGGAGAGAAAGACUGUGGCCGACUGCGUCUUGUUUUACUACCUGACAAAGAAAAAUGAAAACUACAAAAACAUUGUCCGAAGGAAUUACCGCCGCCGUGGAAGAAGCCAGCAGCAGCAGCAACAGCAGCAACAGCAGCAGCAGCAGCAACAACAGCAGCAGCAGCAGCAGCAGGUGAAUCGGAGCAGCCAGGAAGACAAGGAUGAGAAAGACAAGGAGAAGGAGGGAGAGAAGGAGGAGGAGAAGCCUGAGACGGAGAACGACAAGGAAGAGGGCUUGAAGGACGACACCUCCGGGGAGGACGGGGAGGACAAGGAGCCAGCUGUUGCCUUCAGGGGCCGCCGCACUGCCAACAGCCAGGGCCGCCGCAAGGGUCGCAUCACCCGCUCCAUGGCCAACGAGACCGAGGAGGCCGCGGCCCUGCCGCUCAGCAACGAGCUGGCUAAUCUAGAGAUGAACGAGAGCUCUCGCUGGACAGAGGAGGAGAUGGAAACUGCCAAAAAAGGGCUGCUUCAGUAUGGAAGAAACUGGUCAUCUAUUGCUAAGAUGGUGGGCUCCAAAACAGUGUCCCAGUGCAAGAACUUCUACUUUAAUUACAAGAAGAGGCAGAAACUGGAUGAAAUUCUGCAGCAGCACAAAAUGAAAUCGGAGAAAGAGAGGAAGGCCCGCAGGAAAAAGAAGGCAGCGCAGAACGAGGAGGCCAGCGCCCCCGAGGAGGAGAUGGAGGGGUCGGGGGCUAGCGGCAACGAGGAGGAGAUGGCCGAGGAUGGAGAGACUGCAGCUAAUAAUAGCUCAGACACAGAGAGUCUCCCCUCUCCCAGAUCUUCGGAAGACAGCAAAACCAAAGAGAACAGCGAGAACAGCAGGCCCAAGUCUGAGACGGAGAACAGCUCAGGAGCCAGCGCCAGCAUGGAGGACCCCGCCUCGGGAGACUCCCAGAAGAGUGCGGAAGAGGAGCCCCGUCCUCCCGGCCUUAAGCCUGACAAGGAGCAGAAGGAGGUCAAAAUGGACUCUGGGGAAAGUCUCACCGAGGACACGGUUAAGCGUGAGGCUGUGAGUGAGGACGCAGAGCAGCACAUGGACUGCAGUGACAAGAAACCCCCAGCUGACACCGAGGCUGAGAAGAGCGCGGGGAAGGGUGCCAAAAAGACCGGUUCCCAUGUGGAUAGCGACUCCAGCGCCACAUGCAGUGCAGAUGAAGUGGAAGAGCCCGACACCUCUGACAAGAAUAGAAUGACCUCGCCCAGGAUGAGCUUGCUGAACUACUCCCAUGACAGUGUCAUCAGCUCUCCGCUCCAGAAACCCAUGGACCUCAAACAGCUGAAACACAGGGCGGCUGCCAUUCCACCAAUUGAGAUGGCCUCGCAGGGAGGCGGGCGAAAUGGCCCCCAUGCCUUGGCACUCUACCAGCACGAGAUCACUAUGGCAGUGGAGUUGUGCCAAGAGGGCUCGCCGGUCUCCAAGCAGCAGCAGCAGCAGCAGCAACAACAACAACAACAGCUACAGCAACAGCAGCACCCAACACAGCAGCAACAGCAACAGCAGCAACAGCAUCAACAGCAACAGCAACAGCAGCAGCAGCAGCAGGCUGAAAGAGAGCAGCAGAGGACAAGGAGUCCUCUCAUCAAAACCAGGAGCCCUGCCACCACCUGCGACAGAGAAGAAAUCGAUGAUAACGAGAGAUGGCUGCAGACUCUUCUACAUGGAUUACAUAAACCCCGGUCCUUCUCUCCUCAUGCCGAAGGGAAGCGACAGGUUGCAGAGCCGGAUUUCAGGCCUACGAACCUGAGCAGGCCCUCGCUGUCACCGUUCCAGCACUCCCCUAGGGAAAUGGCCAAGCUCUCCUCUCACCUCGAACCACACUUAUUGCACUAUAACCCAGGUUUCCCGUCGUCUCCUCACCCGGCCAUGCCCUCGAACCCGCAGCAGGAGAGCGGGCGGCUAGCAGCCAUCAGGCCCCUCCACAUCCCCGAGCCCCCCCCACUCAUCUCCUCCGGCAAGUCUGGGGGCUCCAUCACAGAGGGUACUCCUGUGCAGCUCUACAGCUCGGCAUACAGGUCUGAGCUUGGGAAAGUUCCUGCUGGAGCACUGCCAAUGGGGAUACCCAGGAUUGACCCCAAAAAACUGGCCGUGCCCUUCCCGCUGGUGAAGCAGGAGCAGCUCUCUCCACGCAGCCAGACGAGCCAAGCGGAAAACCUCAGCACCACGGGCUCAGCGCACGAAGUCUCCAUCAUGAGAGGUUCUGCCAUCCUGGCAAUGCAGGGGGGAAGCAUCACCAAAGGCAUUCCGGGCACUCGAAUCCAUCAGGAUGCUCCCAUCACGUGCAGAGGAGGAUCCAUCACUCAGGGGACUCCAGCUGAGGUUUUGUACAAAAGCACGAUUACGAGGCUGAUAGAAGACAGCCCCAGCAGAGCUGAGCGCGCCAGGGAGGAGGCCUUGUCCAAAGGGCACGUCAUCUACGAAGGCAUCAGUGGCCAUAUCCUCUCGUAUGAUGGGGCUCCUGGGCAGAACUCUAAAGAAGAAGGCAGGGGUUCCGGAACGCCGGGCGAGAUCCCUGGGCUGAAGCGGCCCUAUGACGUAAUGGAAGGGGGAAUCGCCCGGGGGCUGCCCAUCCGGGACGCCAUGGCUUCUGUUAACUGUGAAGGUCUUAUUGGGAGAGCCCUGCCGCAGGACCGGCACAGCCCACACCCCUUCAAGGACACCCAUCUUAUUCCAGGCUCCAUCUCGCAAGGGGUACCUCGUCACAUGGAGCCCCCAGAGGAGUACAUGCGGAGAGAGGCCAAGCAGCUGAAGCGCGAGAACUCCCCGCCGCGGGGCCCGCCGCCCGACGCCCUGAAGGGCCGCGCCCACGACGGCCUCGCGGCCCUCAAGCUCCAGGGAGGGCCGCACGAGGGCCUCAUGGCUACGGUGAAGGAGCCCGGGAGGUCCAUCCACGAGAUCCCGCGGGAAGAGCUGCGGCAGAUCCCGGAGGUAUCGUCGAAGCCUGCCAAGGAGGGAUCCAUUACGCAGGUGCGCCUGGGUCGCCCACGGCCGCUGGAGUCGCAUUCGCAGCUCGUUACCCAGCUUCUCGGCACGCCGAUGAAGCACGAGGGCGGGGGCAAGCGGCACGACGUGCGUUCCAUCAUCGGGUCGUCCUCGCGCUCCUACCCGGCCCUCCAGCACCACGCCGAGCGGGCCCGCUACGAGGAGGGCCUCAAGGGGCGGCCCGGCUCGGGCGUGGGCUCGGCCGGCUCCAUCAGCCGCGGGUCGCCGGUCAUCAUCGGCGAGCCGGGGAAGGCCCACAGCAGCCCCCUCGCCUACGAGGACCACAAGGGGUCCCUGCGCGCCGCCUUCUCCGGGCACGCGCACCGCGGCUCGCCCGUCUCUUCCAGGGACUCCGCCUCGCGCCAGCACGACGGCGGCGGGAUGGGCUCAGGAAAGGCUCCGCCCCAGGAGAGAAAGGCCACGCCCACUCCGCGAGAGAUGAGCGCCACCAAGUCCCCACUGACAGGGGUCCAGGAGCACCACGCCUCCCUGGCCUCCUAUGAGCGGCUACUACAGGGCGCAGGGGCAGCAGACAUCUACCGUGGGCAGAUCCCCCUGACCUUUGACCCUGCGACGCUGCCUAGGGGCAUCCCCAUUGACCCAGCUGCCUAUUACCUGCCACGGCACCUCGCCCCGGGCCCCGGCUACGGUCAUCCUUACCCCCCUUAUCUGAUCCGGGGGUUCCCCGAGACGGCCGCCCUGGAGAACAGGCAGACCAUCCUGAACGACUACAUCACCUCCCAGCAGAUGCACCACGCCGCUGCCGCCAUGGCCCAGCGGGCGGACCUGCUGCGGGGCCUGUCGCCGCGGGAACAGGCCCUGGCCCUCAGCUACUCGGCAGCGCCCCGGGGCAUCAUCGAUUUGUCUCAGGUACCACAUCUGCCUGUGCUGGUCCCGCCUUCUGCUGGAGCGUCCAGUUCCCCUAUGGAUCGCAUCACCUACAUCCCAGGAGCCCCAAGUCCCUUUGCAAGCCGGACCUACGCUACCCCACCCAUCUCUCCAGUUUCAGGUGGGCCGUCUCACAUGGCCAAAAUUCCAGGGACUCCGUCUUCAGAGCGAGAGAGGGACCGGGAGCGCGAGAGAGAGCGAGAACGGGACAGGGAAAAGACACCUGCGAAUGUGGAGCACGCACCCAUCUGGAGACCUGGCACAGAGCAAAGCAGCAGCAGCAGCGGCCCUCGUCCUUCCGCACAGAACUACCAGCACUCCCCCGUGUCCCCUCGCACCCAGGACAACGUGCAGCAGAGGCCCAGCGUGCUGCACAACACCGCCGGCAAGACGCUGACCGUGGCAGGAGGGGACGCCAACAACCCCUCUGUCCUCAGGCCGUUGUCCUCCGCGGGCUCCUCCUCCUCCUCCUCCUCCUCCUCCCGCUACCCAGUGUACACCCCUCACCUCCAGAGGGCGGGCCCCUCGGCAGAGCCGUACCCCGCUGGCCUGGACGCCAGCUGCGCCAAGGACCUGGCCCGGGGCCAAGAGGGCAGCAAGUCCGAGCGCGCCCACGGCAGGGCGGGAAGCGGCGCCGGGCCGAAGCCCCUCCAGGAACACGCCGCCGCCUCCUCCAAAGGCGAGCCCAAGCCGGCGGGCGCUGGCCCGGGCGCAGCGGCCUAUUACCCCCCUCCCCACGGGCCUCAGGGCAGAAACCUGCCGCCUCUGCCCCCCCAGCACGCGCCGGCCCCCUCCCUGGAGCCGCCCGCCCACGAGCAGCCGCCCAGUAGGGAAAAGACUCAAAACAAACCGGUUUCCCUGCAGGAGCAGGAGCUCCGAGCUCUCGGUCCAGCCGGCGGCUAUAACUCAAAUAGUUCGGAUGGGAUUGAGGCAAUAAGUCCAGCUAAUUCGCCCGUACAGCUCAAUGAGAAAGGCCGCAAACAGAACCACCAAGCUGACAAAGGGCAUAAUGUUAUAGACAAGAGGCACAGACCACAAGCUCAACAGAAGCUGUCCUCUCAAGAACCACACCACCCUCAUUUACGGCAGGCACCCGAAGGUGGCCAGUCCCCAAGUCACUCUUCCCAGCCCUACAAAGGCAAUCAGAGAGUUGUCACUUUGGCACAGCACAUCAGCGAAGUGAUCACGAAAGAUUACACACGGCAGUACCAGCUCAACUCCCAGCCCCAGCAGCAGGGCUACCCCUACCAGAGCUCCUCAGUAUUGGACCUGACCCGCCCCCCCAGCAACCCACACUCCCAACCGCAAAUGCAGCCUCAAGACUCCAACCCCAGCGCUCGCUACACUCCUGAGGGGGCUGCUGGAGACAGGGGCCGAGAUAGGUCUCCACAGCAGAACAAAGCAUCUCAGAUGUGCCUGUCUGGAGAUGGUAUUGAGCCGGUGUCUCCAGCAGGGGGCAUAUCUGAGCCAGCGUCACAUGGAGCGACCUUCCCCGCAGAGCAGGCCGAUCAGGGGGCGAACUCCCGGUUGUCCCCCAGCAACUCCCAGCCCCCGGCCUUCUUCAGCAAGCUGACGGAGAGCAACUCCGCCAUUGUCAAGUCCAAGAAGCAGGAGAUGAUCAAGAAGAUGACCGUCAGUGGGAGCGAGCCUGACUUCAACCCAGGACAACCAGGGACUGAAAUAUUCAACAUGCCGGCUUCCACGACUGCAGGGCCGAUCAGUACUAGAAGCCACACCACUCCAGAAACUUCCGGUAACAACAUAGGCUUGGAAGCAAUUAUUAGGAAGGCCCUAAUGGGUAAAUAUGAUGACCAGGGGGAAGAACGCUCAUCUCUCAGUGCCAAUGCUAUUAACCCUCUGGCUGCCAGUGCAAGCGUGGCUACUGCUAUCCCCAUUGCUCCUGCUGACGGACGGACUGAGGACACUUAUUCUUUGGCAGGUAGUGGAAAGCCCAAAGGCAGUGGGAGAUCGCACGGGCGCAAAGCGAAGUCCCCGGGGCCGGGCCAAGCAGGAGGAGAGAGGCCCUCCUCCGUGUCGUCGGUCCAUUCGGAUGGUGACUGUAACCGGCGCACCCCGCUGACCAACCGCGUCUGGGAGGACAGGCCCUCGUCCACAGGUUCGACUCCUUUCCCCUGCAACCCACUGACGAUGCGCUACCCCUCAGGCCUGGUCCCCGCCCCGUCCUCCAUGCAGCAGGGGGCGCCCGGCGCUCAGAGCCGAGCCUGGGAAGAGGAGUCUAAGCCGCUGCUGUGCUCCCAGUACGAGACGCUGUCAGACAGCGAGUGAGCUGGGAGCGAGAGAGAGAGAGCACGCUGGAGAACCAUCGCCCCCUACCAACCACCCCAUCUCUGCUGCUGAAUUGUUCAAACAGCCUCCCCUCCUCCCAGGCUGCUGAACACUCAUGGAGUCCUGGCGUGGCGGAAGAUGACCUUCGACCUGCGCCACGGCAUAUUUACCAGUUUUCUUUUUUCAGGAUUGCUGCUGGUUAUCCCCUGGCUUACACCCUGGCUUCUUCUGGGGAGUAUCCAGUUUUGUGUUUUGUUUUCUUGACAGCCUUAUAAUGGGGGAAGAAAACAUUCGUUGACAGUUUUUUUACUUUGCUCUCUCUCUGACCUUGAAAAGGACUGCCAAGACUCCUAGUCAAAUGCCAGUAACAAAGUAACAGUAUGCAAAGGUUCUUGUCAUACAGUAACAAAGCCCCAGUCCACGUCAUGGGUGUGAAGACUUUCCUGAUAGUCCAGUGAGCUCAGCUAGACCAGCCCUUGUACAGACUGUGACAGGGAAGAACCGUACAGUACUGCUGAGCUUGUAGAGAUCCUGGAAGAGAAACGUCCUGUCAGACUGCUGGAUGGGCAGGAUUAAGGUCUUCAAAAGUGCUAAUGAAUGAGCUGAGCAGGGUCUGAGGAACAUAGGGAAAAACAACUGAAGCCGUCAGAACAUAGUGAUUUAUUUUGUUUCCUUUUUGUUCAAAUAGUCUUAAUCAGAUGUAUUUUGGUUUUGUUUUUGUAAUUUUGUUUUUGAAUGAUCAGGUUAACUGAAUGUGAAGGUUGCUCAUUUAAGACUGGUUUACAAACACCUUGGGGGAAAAAAAGGAAAUAUUUUAUAUAUAUACAUUUACACACACAUAGUGGUCUUCUCACUGAAACAAUGUUCUGGCCUUAUCCCAUAAACAAACGAAAUGGAUCGAAAUGGAACAAGUGCACCAGGGCCAAGUACAAUUUGAAAUAACCCUUCAUGGCAUCAUUCUCCUCUACAGGCAGAAGUGUCCUUGUGUCCUUGUAGACCUUUCAGGAUCCAUUGUCUGUCUGUUUAGACGUGUGUGCCCAGGGACAUGUCUAUGGAGUGGCAAAGAGUGAUUCUGGGAAGAGUUCAUUGUAUAUGCACCAUAACUGAAUGUACCCAUUGUUUGCUCUGUUUUCAUUGUUUGUAUACUGGCUUUGGAACUGAUUUACCAAAGGGGCAGCUUGUUUCUUCAUUUUUCCUCUUCCCUUGCUUGUUUUAACUGAUACUUCAAACCAACGCAGUCCAUUUUUAGAACUGAGAUGUCCCUCAGCAGUGAGCUUCUCUUGAAAAGGAUAGGGUUUUUUUCUAGUGGCAAUAUUAUUUUAAGAUCCAUGUUCUUGGUCCACAGGGUAAAUGUGAUAUACACCCUUGGUGUUGUCAUGUCUUGAGAGGUUUUUUGUCUUAGGAUGGAUGGAGCCAUAUUUUAAAAUGUUUUUCUUAUACCUGAAGUAGAAAGAUGUAGUUGGAGAAACCUGUUUGGUGUGGAUUAACAACCAGGAAGCAAUUUUCUAUCAGCUUGUUUCCUUUUAAUUACUACUAUUAUAAAAAUGUAUGAUAUUGACAGUAUUGAAGCUGUUUUGGAUAUCAGUCACUUUGUCAUAAAUCUUUAUUCAUUGUUUUGUGAAAGUCCAGAUUAGUCAGGUAAAAAUACAUUUGGGCUUAGAGUUACUGAGUUUUGGAUUCAUACUGGCACAGAUUUCUGGGACUUUGUGUUAUGAUGCCAUCUGAAGAUGAAGACAUACAGUAUGCUGCUCAUAAGUUGUUUUGAUCAGCAGUUAACAGAAGCUCAUGUCAGCUACUUCCGGUUUAACGGUUUAGAAACAUUUCUACAUCCCAGUUUAGGUUUGCUCAUACAGGUGUGUAUAUAUUGCAAAUUUUGUAAGAGUUACUGUAUAUUGUUUCGGAAAUGUAUAUGGUCAUGUAACCACUUUGGAAAUGACCUCUCAUAUUACCACUUUGAUGGAACCGGAUUUCUAGUUCACAUCCUGACAUUUUGCGCCUUAUAGCCGUUACAGCAUAUCGGACAGUUAUAGCAUUAUCGGAUUUUGCUGCCAUCAGAGCCCACUGUGGUCUUUUACUGACGGUGAUAUUCUUAGUUUGAGAGAUGGGGGUCUUGCCUUGUACACCCUCCAUUUUUCUGCAACAUGUCCACAUCUGUCUAGCGCUGUUGGAGUACAUACAGAGAUUUAGAAUACUGUAGAGCAACAGAGGACUUCCUUUGGUAUAUCUCUGAUUUACUCAAGACUGCACUUCAGCAAAGCAUAAAUCCAGUGGGAGAUCACACUGUGUUGGCAGUAGAUGAAAAGUGUCUGCAUCUUGGUUGCAUAAGCAUUUCUCAUAAUAUCCAGUGAUAUGAUGCUGCAAUGGAUGUGCAAAAACUCUAAAAAUGAUCAAGUAUAAGGUAACUGGUUAAGAACAUGGUGAAUGCACUCAAACGAUAACACUUAUUGCCAAGUUACUGACAUUGCUAAGGCUGUGCCUAACCUUGCAGGCUCUCCCAACUCCCAACUGCUGGAUACAUGCAUGUUAAACACAGACCUCAUGGUUGUAGCAUCUUGUCAGUCAGAAUAGCUGCCCAAGGGUCCUUUUUUUCCAGUCUUAAUCAUUUGUAUUUAGUUGUUACAGACAGAACCUGUUCUCCGUGUUGGGUGGAGUACGUUUUUUUUUUGUACAGUUAAGUAUUUCUAGUGUUAAAGUGCCAUUUCUUUAGUAGACAGAACUGGUGUUACCAAGUGACUACGCACAAGUGUUUGAGCUGCCAAGUUGUACAUGUUUGAUAUACAUGAUCAUCCCUCUUUGUGAAAGGAUCUGAUCAUCUUCAUAGCUGGAACUGCAAAAAAUCAACUGGAAAGGAAUGAUAACAACACUUUUCCAUCUUUAAAUGUUUCGGUAUCAGACACCACCCAGGAUCCUUCUUCUAGCCUUUUUGUAAGCAGAGACAAAAGCAUCAACACUGUUUCAUGCAAAUCCUGUUGUAUGUGAUGUCGCCAAGUUCAAAACCAUGCUGGGCUGAUCUAAAGAUUUUUGCAAGUUAAAAUAUACUCAAUAUUACAGGGAUAAAGUCCAUAUACCAAUGUGCUGUUUACACUUCCUUUCUUAAAUGCUUUAUCGAAACAGACUUAAAAAAAAACGGUUUUACACAUGGAGUGGUUUCUGUGUGUGUGUGUGUACAGGGAAAGGCACAAGAAGAGAUUACUAGCCUUUACUAAACUACCAGCUCAUUACUUUGUCCUCACUCCCCCCUGUGGCAAACCAUUAUCUAUACACUUGGGAAAAAUACAUAGUUUAUGGGGGUUUUGUGUUUUAAAAUCCAUCUUGAUACUGUAGUAAUUAGGACAUGUAGAAGGCGAGCUGUACUAAUGAUGUCUAACGCAGCCCUUUGUGGGUUUAAUUUCCUUUUUCUCAUUGCACUUAAUCACAGCAAAGGCUGCUGAAUUCGAACAUGACUUGUCCGAAUUAAGCUGUUUACCCACGCUUCUGUUAGUGGAAAUAUUUGAUUUGUGCAUUCUUUAUCCAGUGAUUUUAUCCCUAUUGUAGGAGGGAAGGAAGACGGGCUACUACACCACUACAGAUUGAAGAAUGCACAACUCAGUGUUACAGUGUGGUAUCAAAUGUUACUUGUGAAAGUGUCAUUUCUGUUGAUUUCCAGUAAGGCAGCUCCAGUCUUUUGGUCCUAUGCUGCUGAUUUUGCAUUAACACACAUUUAGUGUAAUUCAGAGAGUAUUUGUUCUUGCUUUGGAUUAGAUCAGAUCUUUGCCCCCUUCUGGUUCAAAGGUGGGGGGAACAUCUGGAGCCCAACUAUUUCUGCAGAGUGGAGGGAGUGCUAGGGUGAAGAAUCAGGAAAACAAGUUCUUUGCAAAUUCCUUUGCACCUGACAAGGUGAGCUUCUAUAACAGCCACCACAAAAUAGUUGCCCAAAAUCCAGGUGAAGUCAUGCCAAGAGUAUCAGCAACUCAGACCUGUUUAUAUUGUCUUCUGGUUUCUGGUUUCUCAGUCAAGAAAGGGUCAGUAAAAAAAAAACUAUGAUUGGAACAGAAGCUCAUUAUUGUAGUUCUGGAAAGAUAAUGUUUGAAACAAAAAUCCUCCUAUGGUAUUGUACUUACUCUUUAUACUGUUCCCUUCAUAUUGCUGUACAAUACCCUUUUUGUCUUAAUACACCUGUGCCUGUUGGUUUAGAACUCUGAACCACAGUACUAACAACUGUGGAGUUUUAGUCUAAAACUGAAAAUAGCCAGGAAUGAGACUUACAAAUCAGGACUAUUCAAAUUUUAACACUUACAAAAAAGAAACUUUGUUCUUUUUACAAUGUCUGCUUUUUGUUAUUGUUGUUCAUUUCUUUGGCGGAAUGUGUCUUUUUUGUGCUACCUGCUCUGAUAUCAGUUGACUGUGCAAUCAGGAGAACGUUUUUACUCUGAAAGCAACAAAGGAUGUUAGUGUUAUUUCUUUUGUAAUUAAAAAGGAACAAGAAAGGCCAAUCUUGUCACAAAUGUACAAUGGGAAGAAAAAAACGUAUAUUUUGUACAACCAUAUUGUGCAUAAUGAUUUUUUUUCGAACCCUGUGUAUAAUAGAAAGGUUUGUAUAUAGAACUGAAGAGAUGUAAAUAUUUAUGUUGCUUGCUGCAAGAUUGGUUUCUUCUACAGAAGAAGAUUUUGUUCACUUGUUUUAUUCAAUAUGCCCACCAGCAAGCAUUGUGGAUAGCAGUGUAAAAACACUGCCUUAAAUGUUUAAAUAAAAAAGCUUAUUGCCAUUAAA